GACCCAGACAUCUGGGACUGUUGUUGUUCUCUCGCCGCGCGACCGCCACGGUCAGUUCGCCGGGAGACCCGGACCUGGUUCCCUGGCGAGCGGGGGGCUGUGUCCUUCCCGGUUCCCGAAAGCUGCGGCAGGAGCCGGCGCCGACGCCCUGCUGCUGGUCUCCGAUGCCCUUCGGUGAGGAGGGGGCGGCCAGACCCUGGUGAGCAGCACCCAGGCGCCCCCCAACUCGCUGGCUUCUCCGACCCCUCAGGCCCGCGCACCCCAGUCUGGUUGCCAUGGCUGAAAACGCCGAGGGGGACCUGAACUCCAACCUGCUCCACGCCCCCUACCACACCGGGGACCCCCAGCUAGACACGGCCAUCGGGCAGUGGCUCCGUUGGGACAAGAAUCCCAAAACAAAAGAGCAGAUCGAAAAUCUGUUACGGAAUGGGAUGAACAAGGAACUUCGAGAUCGUCUUUGUUACCGGAUGACUUUUGGGACUGCAGGACUUCGUUCUGCCAUGGGGGCGGGGUUUUGCUACAUUAAUGACCUUACAGUAAUACAGUCAACACAAGGGAUGUACACAUACCUUGAGAGGUGUUUCUCAGAUUUCAAGCAGAGAGGCUUUGUGGUUGGGUAUGACACGCGGGGCCAAGUAACCAGCAGCUGCAGCAGCCAGAGACUUGCUAAACUUACUGCUGCAGUCUUACUGGCUAAAGAUGUUCCUGUGUACCUUUUUUCCAGAUAUGUUCCUACACCUUUUGUGCCGUACGCAGUCCAGGAACUGAAAGCAGUUGCAGGUGUGAUGAUUACCGCGUCUCACAACCGUAAGGAAGACAAUGGAUAUAAGGUUUAUUGGGAAACUGGUGCUCAGAUCACAUCUCCUCAUGAUAAAGAAAUUCUGAAAUGCAUAGAAGAAUGUGUGGAACCCUGGAAUGGUUCCUGGAAUGAUAAUUUAGUGGAUACCAGCCCACUGAAGAGAGAUCCUCUGCAGGAGAUUUGCAGGAGAUACAUGGAAGAUCUGAAAAAGAUCUGUUUUUACAGGGAAUUAAACUCAAAAACCACCUUGAAAUUUGUGCACACAUCUUUCCAUGGAGUCGGACAUGACUAUGUACAGACGGCUUUCCAAGUGUUUGGCUUCAAGCCUCCAAUUCCAGUACCAGAACAAAAAGAUCCUGAUCCAGACUUUUCUACUGUGAAAUGCCCGAAUCCUGAGGAAGGAGAAUCUGUGCUGGAACUUUCCCUGAGACUGGCAGAGAAAGAAAAUGCCCGGAUAGUGCUCGCCACGGACCCUGAUGCAGACCGACUCGCCGUGGCAGAGCUCCAGGAGAAUGGUCAUUGGAAAGUUUUCACAGGGAAUGAGCUGGCAGCUUUGUUUGGGUGGUGGAUGUUCGAUUGCUGGAAGAAAACUACAGCAAGAAAUGCUGAUGUGAAGAAUGUGUACAUGUUAGCCACCACAGUCUCAUCUAAAAUUUUGAAGGCAAUUGCCCUUAAAGAAGGAUUUCAUUUUGAAGAAACAUUACCAGGUUUUAAAUGGAUCGGAAGUAGGAUAAAAGACCUCCUGGACAAUGGAAAAGAAGUCCUUUUUGCAUUUGAAGAGUCUAUUGGUUUCCUGUGUGGAACUUCGGUUUUAGAUAAAGAUGGGGUGAGUGCCGCCGUUGUUGUCGCUGAGAUGGCGUCUUACCUGGAGACCAUGAACACCACAUUGAAACAGCAGCUGACUAAUGUUUAUGAAAAAUAUGGUUAUCAUAUUUCAAAAACUUCAUAUUUCUUGUGUUAUGAUCCACCUACCAUCAAAAGUAUAUUUGAAAGGCUUCGCAAUUUUGAUUCUCCAAAAGAAUAUCCAAAAUUUUGUGGGACAUUUGCUAUAUUGCAUGUACGGGACAUUACCACUGGAUACGACAGCAGCCAGCCGAAUAAGAAAUCAGUGUUGCCUGUGAGUAAAAGCAGCCAGAUGAUUACAUUCACCUUUCAGAAUGGCUGCGUUGCUACUCUACGGACAAGCGGGACAGAACCAAAGAUAAAGUAUUAUGCAGAGAUGUGUGCAUCCCCUGACCAAAGUGACACAGCCUUACUGGAAGAAGAGUUGAAGAAACUCAUCGAAGCCCUCAUUGAGAAUUUUCUUGAACCCAGUAAGAAUGGACUGACCUGGCGCUCUGUCUAGGGCACACCUGUGCAUCCUGUCCUUGCCUGGCAUACGGAACAGAGCAACUGAGAACUCCCCUGUGUUGAACCUCGUGUUAGCUUUCUCUCUCGCUCAUUCAGCCAAGUAUCGUUUUCCUUUUAUUUUCUGUCUUUUUUUUUAGUUAACUGACUAAACUGAGUCAGUAAACUGACUAAAACACACUGCAUAAAUUUCAAGUGAAAUAGUCCGGAGAGAAGUGAUUCAAAUUUUUUUUUGGUAUUUUAAAAGUCAUUACAUCAAAAGUAUUACAGUAACACGUCGUUCUUCCUGAAUAGAAACAUGAUAAUACAAAAGUGAGUUUUAUUAUUAAAGUGUGAUUAAGCUUAGUUCCAUAUCUUGUAAUUGUGUAUAGCAUGGUAAAAAAAUCUGAUAAAUGUUAUAUAAUUAUAUGGUUAGUUAUGGGAAUCCAUAAUAUUGGCAGGAAUAAGAAACUGCUCCAAGAUCAUAAUGGAAAAGUAUCAUUGUUAUAUCACAGAUAUUAAUUUACAGCUUAGAGUAUUUAAAAUAGGGUCUGUAGCAUUUCUAGCUUAGAGCAGAUGUUGUGUGUUUCAGCAGCUGGUUCAGGUGCCUGUGGUGCAGUGUGGACUUCCUGUGAUAUUUAACAUGUUUACUGAACAAGGAACAGUAGUGGCAUUGUUCUCUUAGAGUGUCCCUAUGCCUUCUCAGGGUCUGGUGUGAACUGAAACAGUUUCUGCAUUGGGUAUCAAUUAAUUUUCAGGAGUUAAGGAAAAUCUUCCAAACUAUAUAGGUGCUUCCUCUGUAUCCAGUGGGUUUGCUGAUUUGAAAAUCUUAGGAUUGUAAAUAAAGGUCAUUUAAAAGUGGGCUUAAGGUAACUGUGGUUAAGAAUCUUCACAUUAGAACUGUGUCAGUUACAACCUUUAAAGAAAAAAUCUGAACUGAGAAAUAAGCUCUGAAUUUGACAGUAUAACUUUUGAAUUACAUUUUUGUGAGUACAAUUAUUUCUUUAUUUGAUGGAGUCAUGCUAAUUUUACUAAGAAGGCAUCCAGAUUUUAAGUAUUCUGAAACACUAAAACUAUACUUUUAAAACUAAAGUCCAGUUUAGUAUAACCUCUUGCAGGCUUCUGUAGAAUCUCUGAUCACGUGGUGAUUAUUUAUAUUUUUAUUUUUUCAGUGGGGAAACUUUUUUUUUUUUUUUUUCAUGAAAAUCACUCCGGGCUGAUUCUAGUCCCUUGAGAAGACAUUCAGAGAAAGGCUAGUGAACCUCCUUACGGUUUAUAUUGUCCUGUAUACUUUGCAGAACAUGUAUGUGCUUUAGUUAAAAAGUGGCAAUGACAAGAUCUUGGGUAUGAUCCUAAUAAACAGAUUGCCUCUAGCAGAUUGCACUGGUAUUAGAGAAUUUCUUUCCUAAAAAUAAUAACAACAAAGUUUGAACUGAUUAGAACAUUCAGUAAAUCAUGGUUUGGUACGUUGCAGCUGUCAGCUAACAUUCAGUUGAGCUUACAUAAUCUAAACAUGACUUUCAGAUUAUUGUAUUGCCACUAUUGUUAAUUUGUUCUCCUUACUUUCUUCUAGCUGGAUCUUGUAUGACUAUAGGUAAUACACAGUAGCUGAAUGUAGAGUGCCACUGCUUGGAGUUUGUCUUCAAAGGCUUCACACUGUAGAAAAAAGUAGAAUUUUUUGUUUUAUUUUAAAAGAGUGUAA